AUGGGUACCAUGGCUACUCCCACUCUAGCAUACCUGCCAGAGAACUCGCCGAUUGCCGUUGAUCAGAUCCUUGACAAGCCCACCAUCCGGCGAUCGCGCACGUCCGGCACAUUGUCGCCUGCCCGUGUGCUUUCACGUCUUCCAUCGCCGUCGCGCAAUCGGGCCAACACUGCACCAUCUUCUCGCCCAGGAAGUCUUCGCCGUACAAAGACCGACGUUGAUGAUGCCAUCCGCGAACUGAACACCAUAAUCGAGGAGCGCCGUGCCAGCGCCUACCGCUCGCACGCCCACUCACCCGCACUCAUCAACCGUCCUCCACCCUCUCCGUCUCACCACGUACCUUACAUUGCGCCGUCCAUGCGUAUGCAUGUCCGCUCUGAGACUCUCUCAGAUAUCGGCUCUGCAUUCUCAGCUCCUCUGGGCUUCAAGCCCCUCGCCACCACCCCAGAAGCUUCCGCGCCCCGACGAGCAACGAUGGGCCUUACACUCUCCCCACCAUCCUUUGCUCACACCGGCCCCUUGACCUCGAAUCCCAUCACGCCGCCUCCACCCGCUACACCCACCACACCCAUCGCCCGCUUAGGAGCCUGGCUCAAGCGCUCCACCUCCACCCUAGCCUCGAGCUCGCGACCCGCGACGCCAAAAACAGCAGACUCCUUCUACCAAUGCUCGCCCUACCCUGCCCUCCCCACCUCGACCUCCCGCCCCUCAACAUCCGGCUCCCGCACUCUACACAACCGACAAGAAAGCCAAGAAAGUAACGGCACAGCUACCGUAACGCUCUUCUCUACUACAUCCUACGCCUCCACGCGCUCCACCUCGCCCACACCGACGACCCACUCGCUUGCUUCCACAGUUGCCACUUGCUCGCCACCACGGAAGCUUAGGCGCGUUCCUGCUCCCCUGACGCUCGUCAAGGAAAAGGAGAUUGCGGCUGAGGCUGGUCUCUUGAGUGCGACAACAAGGAAGAGCGGUGUCAUGAAUGUGAAGCCGCCUAUGAGUCCUAACUUUGAUCUGCUCAAGGGUAUGGAGAUUAGUGCUAAGGACGUUGGCGUUAAUGGCAGGGCAAGUGCGAUGGUCAUGAGUCCAGGGGCUGUUGGUGUUGCCUUCUAA